AAGAUACAAAUAUAAUAUCUACAAAAAAUAUCAAUGAUCAGGAAGCUCAAACUGUUGAAAAUGAUAGCAUAUUACAUGGAGUUGAAUUAUUUUUGGUUUCUUUUGGUCUAGCUUGUGCUAUAUUUUUAGCCGCAUUAGAUCAAACAAUCGUUUCUACCGCUUUGCCUGCAAUAGUUUCCGAUUUUAAUGGGUUGAAUCAAAUAGCAUGGGUCGCAACUUCUUAUCUACUCACAUCGACUUCAUUUUCACCAAUCUAUGGAAAAUUAUCUGAUAUUUUUGGUCGUAAAACAACGUUUUUAUUUUCAAUUUUUAUUUUUGAAUUGGGCAGUUUAUUAUGUGGUGUUGCUAAUAAUAUGGUUUCAAUGAUAAUAUAUCGUGCAAUCGCUGGUAUUGGAGGUGGUGGUAUCAUUGGUGCUAAAGAUCGGGGAAAAUACCAAGGUAUUGUUAGCGCGUGCUUCGGAAUUGCUUCCGUGGCUGGACCGCUCAUGGGUGGUGCUUUUACUGAUCAUGUUAAUUGGAGAUGGUGUUUUUUCAUCAAUCUUCCUCUAGGUGCAAUAACAAUAAUCGUUGUAAUUGCUUUUCUUCGCAUGCAAAUGCCAACUGGUUCAUUACUCGAGAAAAUUAAGAGAAUUGAUUUUCUUGGCAUUAUCAUAUUGAUUGCAUCGACUGUUUGUCUCUUAUUACCUCUUAAUUGGGGAGGUAGUACCUAUGCUUGGGAUAGUCCUGUGGUCAUAAUACUUUUAUGUGCUGGCAUUGUUGGUUACAUAAUAUUUGGUCUUGUUGAAAACUACGUCGUUAGUGAACCUGUUGCUCCAUCCACACAAUCCGGAAUAGAUUUCAUGCCCUACAUUCUUGGUGUAGUAGUAUUCAUAAUCCUAGCUGGUCAAUUUUUCUCUCGAACUGAUAAAGUAUCGUAUCGAUGUGUAAUUUUUGUUUCUGCUAUAAUAACAAUAAUCGGUGCUGGUUUAACCACUAUGUGGAAUGAAAACACUGGAUAUGGUGAAUUUCUAGGAUAUAUGGUAAUUGGUGGUGCUGGAAUUGGUAUAAGUAUCCAAACUAUUACAUUAUGCGUUCAAGGAAUGGUUGAGCCAAAGGAUAUAGCUGUUGCUACUGCUUUAUCAUUAUUCUUUAGAAGUAUUGGAGCUGUUUUUGGAAUUGCAAUAUCCGGAACGUUAUUUAAUAAUAAGCUUUCACAAGCAUUAAGUACAUUAACUUUACCUCCAACUUUUUCAACAGGAUCUGUAUAUACUAUAAGAUUAUUAUCACCUGAAGAACAGUCUUCAGUUAUUCACGCUUAUGUAUUAGCAUUUCAAUUCACUUUUUAUUUUAUAAUACUUUAUAGUACAUUGAUGUUUAUUUCGGGUUUAUUUAUGGGAAAUAGUAAACCUAAAUUUAGAGAAGAUAAUGAAAUACAUGCUACAUUUGAAUAA